AUGCAUUUCUCUUCCCUCCCCAUCUUACAGGCAGACCCGGAUCAAGCAACCGGAACCGACAUCAUCGACGAUCCUCAAGAAGGGGGCGAGCCCCUGCCGGUGGACGAGUUUGACCUCGGCGCGGAGGAUGCGGAGGACAACGAAGAGUACGCUACUAUCGCUUCGCCUGGCAAGUACUUUAUCCUUUUGGUUCUCUUUGUGGUGGCUCCUGUGGGGGCUGGGGUGUACUUUUACGGAGGAGGGAAGGAGAGGGUCAAGCAGUGGAGGGGGCAGGGGUACGAGAAGGUGGAGGAGGAGCGGGUGUAA